AACCGUUUUGCUCUUUCCACAAUCCCGUCCCAUCUUUCUCAAACUUCUUCUAGCCCGUUGUGGUCUAGACCCGCCGCGCCGACCAGUGAGCGCCAGCGCCGCAGGUUCGCAGGGUCGUGUCUGCUCCGCCCAAAUCUCCGUUGCCGUUCGUUAGCAGGGCUGCUGCCGGCUGGCGGGCAGCCACAUUGGCCGAGAAACCACUGCAGCUGACGGAACCGCAACGCCCAGCUCACGAUGCUUGAUUCGUGAUUCGAGGCCCAAACCACCACCAAGCAAAUCCGCACGGCUCGCGACACUCGUUUUGCUUUUUUUUUCUUUUCCCGCCCGAACCUCCACCUGAAUCGAAGCACUUUCGCGAUAUUGCGAUACCGCAAUCGCUCGAGUCAUUCCCGUCAUCUCGCGUCUCGAACCACGCCACGCUCGUUUAACGUCAUCCCGUUCAAACCCCCGUUUCUCCCGCGACGAGCUUCCACGCGUGUCUCGGCCGACAAUUCCUGUGCGACGAGCCCAUUUCAUUUCCAGCGACGCAGUAGUUACACGGCAUUUCCCUGCCACGCCCGUCAUAACAACCUGGAAGUAAUCGACAGGUGCGCGGCCUGUUAUGGCCUCCCACUGAUGACAGACCGCUUGGGCCAGACCGCGACUCCUUGGGCAACUUGACUGGUCGUCGGUCACCAAGCUUGAUCUCUGCUCCCGGAUCUCGACCGAGGCACGAUGCGAUUACCCUUCAGGCGGCGCCGUGCCGCUCACAGCGACCCCUUAUCCCUAACCUCCCUCGCCGUCUCGCUAUUCUCGCUUGCAGCAUCACCAGCAGCCGCCAUCUCGUUCACCCCUGUGCCCUCGGCGAACCUCGAUCUCUCGCAGCUCGGCCGCGUGGUCCUCGCUGGCGACUUCUCGGGAAUAUCCCUUUACCAGUUCGCGGAGCAGAAUGAGCAGCAAUUCCAAAGCAAUGGCAGCCAACAGCUCCUGGCCCAGAUGCCAAAUGGCCUGUUCGCCCCGAUUGCAAAGACUGAUGCCAGCAUCCGCACAAUGUGCACCUUCAACACCGACCACGGGACGGUAGUUGUUCUGGGCGGUAACUUCACGAGCAUCCGUGCUCCCGGUGCUGACGCGAAGGCCAUGCAAUCUACCGCCGUCGCCCUGUUUGACCCAACCACUGCCGCCAUCACCCCGCUGCCCGGCUUAUCAGGGCAGGUCAAUGCCCUCCUCUGCGACCAAGACAGCAACACGGUCUACGUCGGAGGGAGCUUUGUUGGGGCGAAUUCGACCAAUGCGCUGGCCUGGACGGGUGGACAGAACUGGGUCAACCUACCGUUUGCGGGAUUCAACGGACCCGUCACCUCCAUCGCCAAAGCCUCCAACGGGAACAUCGUCUUCGGCGGCAGCUUCACGGGGUUGGGGAAUGCCAGUGCUCCGAGCACGCCCGACGGUCAGGUCAUCAACCUCUCGACAGCCACCAUUACCAGCGGAUCUUCGAGCACAAGCGCCGGCUUCAGUGAUCCGAGGAACAUCAUCUGCAAGACGAGCGGCGCUGACGGGCCGGGCAAUACCUGGCUGCUGCAGGACAACGCCCCGGGCUUCUGGCAGGCGACGUUUAACCACGGCUUCAGGCCGACGAAGUUGCGCCUGUACAACACGCACCAGGACGGGAGAGGCACGAAGACGUGGCGCUUCACAGCCUUGCCGAUCAACGGCAUCAUGAACUUCACCUACAUCGACCCUGCGACCAACCAGAACGCCAGCUGCACGAACGAAUGCCCCCUAAGCAGCGACAAGACCGUCACGUUCCAGGACUUCCACUUCGUCAACGUCAUCGGCAUGAACGAGUUCCGCAUUGACAUAUCGGCGUUUUAUGGCAGCGGCGGCGGUCUGAACGGGAUUGAGUUGUUCGAAGAUGACAUCUUCUCCUAUGCCGUGAAUGACUUCAACGAGCCGACGUGCGCCGGCAUCCAGUUCCCAUCCACGGCGACCGCGACUGGCCCCUGGACUGUCACGCCAUCCUACUCGAGCACCGCCGAGUAUCUGACCGCCCAGCUGGCUGCGCCGAUCUCGAACACAUCGGCAUCGGUUGUCUUUGAGCCUGACAUCAGAGAGUCGGGACACUACUCGGUCAACCUGUACACCCCUGGCUGUCUCCAGGACAACACUUGCUCCACGCGAGGUCAGAUCAAGCUGACAGGGCAGAUGACGGCCGACCCAACCAAGAGCUCACCGAUCGACGUGAGCCUGUACCAGACCAACAACUUUGACAAGUAUGACCAGAUCUACUUCGGCCUGAUCGACGCGAGCUCGAGCAGCUUCCGUCCCCGGGUGACCAUGACUCCGUUGGCGGGUCAGUCCCUGACAGAGAUGACCUUCGUUGCUCAGCGCGUCGGCUUCACCUUAAUUAACAGCACCGGUGGCUUGAACGGGCUCUACGAAUACGCCCCUGGGGCCGCCGUUAACACCAGCGACUUCACCAAGUCCGCUUUCGACCGCCUGGGAGCCAGCUUCUCGACCGGUUCUGCCGUCAACGCGCUGGCAACGUCGGGAGAUGUGAUGUAUAUUGCAGGAAACUUCACGUCUCGCAGUGCGCGCAACAUCGUCGCCCUGAAGGGCAACGACUCGGACGCUCAGUCUCUCGACGGGGGCCUCAAUGGUCAGGUCCUCUCCCUGUUCUCCAACGGCACCAAUCUGUACGUGGGAGGCGAUUUCAACAACACUCUGGACAAGUCGACCGAUGGGUUGAACCACGUUGCCGUUUACGACACGUCGAAGAACAGCUGGAGUCCGCUCGGCGCCGGGGUCAACGGCAGGGUGCUCCGGGUGGUGGGCAUGACGAUGAACGUGACAGGCUCCAACCCCGAGGUUGUGGUCAGCGUGAACGGCGAUUUCGAUCAGCUGCUGGCUUUUGGUAGCAACUCGGCAGUCGACGUAGACGGAUUUGGCAUCUGGGUGCCCUCCCAGGGGAAUUGGCUGCAGAAUCUGAACCUGGCGGUCGAAUCGGUGGACGGCAUCCUCUCCGCGUCCAUCCUCAACUUCACUGGUGGGCCGUCGCUCUAUGCUGGCUCUCUCUCCUCCUCCACUCUGAGCGCUAGCGGUGCCGCAAUUCUGGGCAGCGGAAGCCUGGGCCGCCUUCCUGUGGAUAUUCAGCCCCCGACCAAUUCCUCGACCUCGACCGGGCUGACGAAGCGUGACGAGACGUUGGCCGAGGGCAACCUCCAGGGGGUUGUCAGUGUCGUCUUCGACGUCAACAAUGGCAGGAACCUCACUAUUCUUGGCGGCCAUUUCACUGCAAAAGCCACCGACGGCUCCACGAUCCACAACAUCCUCCUCCUUGACGGCGCAGACCACGAUCGGGUUACCGGCCUCGGCGACCAGAUCUCGGCUAAUUCAACCUUUGCGGCCCUGGCCGUGGAAGGAGACAUCCUCUUUGCCGGAGGCAAAAUAGCAGGGACCGUGAAUGGCGGCAAUGUGAACGGCCUGGUCACUUACAACCUCGCCAGCAGGACCUUCAACACGCAGCCGCCCGUGCUCUCGGGUGGUAACGGCACGGUCUCGUCCAUCGCCGUACGCACGAGUACCAAGGAUGUCUAUGUGGGCGGGUCGUUUACCUCGGCCGGGUCUCUCGGCUGCCCUGGUGUGUGCUUCUUCAGUACCACGGCCUCGCAAUGGAACCAGCCGGGCCGGAACCUGGAGGGCAACGUCAGCGCUCUGAUGUGGGCUACCGACAGCAUUUUGCUGGCUGGCGGCGAUCUCCGAGUCAACAGCUCAGUCCCGUCCUUCCUCGCGAGGUACGACGCCAGCACCCAGACCUGGGACAAGUAUCCCGGCGCAGACCAACUCCCCGGUCCCGCCACCGUCCUCACCGCCGGCACGAGCGACGGCGCCCAGAUCUGGGCGGCGGGAACCUCGUCCAAGGACGGGUCCACCUACCUCAUGAAGUACGACGGCGCCGCCUGGCAGCAGGCCGGCCAGUCCGUCCUCCAGCCGGGCACCGACAUCCGCGGCCUCCAAGUCUUCUCCCUCACGGCCUCCCACAACAGCUCCGCUCUCGUCAACGAAGACGAGGCCCUUCUCCUCACGGGUUCCAUCGUCCUCCCCAGCUUCGGCCCCGCCGCAGCAGUUCUUUUCGACGGUAACUCAUUCACCCCCUUCGCCCUCGCCACCACCACCACCACCACCACCAACGGCGGCAGCAGCAGCAGCAGCAGCAACCCCGGCAGCAUCGCGAGCGUCUUCGCGGAGCGCAGUAACUACUUCGCCAAGGGCGGCGGCAACAUGCCGCUCGUCUUCGUCGUGCUCAUCGGCCUCGCCAUCGCGCUCGGCCUCAUGCUGCUGCUCGUCCUGGCCGGCCUGCUCCUCGACCGCCUGCGCAAGCGCCGCGAGGGGUACGUGCCCGCGCCGACGUCCAUGUUCGACCGCGGCAGCGGCCUGCAGCGCGUGCCCCCGCGCGAGCUGCUCGGCGAGAUGAACCGCCAGCGCGGCGGCGCGCCGCGCGUCUGAUUUGCGUCUGGCCGUCCGUCCCGGCCGUCGGGAAAGGUGGUUUUUUGCUGCUGGCUGGGCGGCUGGGUGGCUUGGUGUAAUGGUAAUAUGGGGGGUUGGCCCAACAUACGGGUGCCGGGGGGGAAGUGAAGGAGUGGGAGUUAGAGGCUUCUGCGCCGCGCCCCCCCCGAGCGCGAACGCGCGAGCAUCAUCCAUCAUUUGCAUCGGGAGUGGACUGGACUGGACUGGGGGGCUGGCGUUUCAAAUGCUUUGUUCACUUCGCCUGGGCGGGCAUGGUAAAGGGACUACACGGAUGGAG